UUGCGCGCGUGUCGAAAGAUAAACGACUGAUUCGCCGAUUCUGUCAACGUUUGUGUUUACGUUCCUGCAUUUUUAAUUUAAUUUUCCACGAACUUUUCCUGUAAUUAUAAAGCUAUCGCAUCGAUCACACUUGACACAACAUGAAAAUCAUCCUCGUAACUGGUGGUUCGGGUCUCGUUGGCAGAGCCAUCCAAAGUGUCAUCGAACAUGACAGGAGAGAGGACGAGAAGUGGAUAUUCGUCGGGUCCAAGGAUGCGGAUUUGUGCGAUAAAGAGAGCACUCGGAAGUUAUUCGACCAGCACAGACCAACACAUGUUAUUCACCUGGCUGCCAUGGUCGGCGGGCUUUUCCAUAAUAUGUCGCACAAUUUGGAUUUUCUACGGAAUAACGUACACAUGAACGACAAUGUUCUCCACACUGCUCAUGAGCAUAAUGUUGUCAAGGUUGUUUCGUGCCUUUCUACUUGUAUAUUCCCGGAUAAGACGACUUAUCCAAUCGACGAAACCAUGGUUCACAAUGGACCGCCACAUCCUUCGAAUUAUGGUUACAGUUACGCCAAGCGACUGAUUGAUGUCGCAAACAGAGGCUACCACGAUCAGCAUGGCAGAUUGUACACUAGUGUGAUUCCUUGCAAUGUCUUUGGUCCUCAUGACAAUUUUCAUCCCAGUGCUAGUCAUGUUAUACCUGGCUUGAUGCGAAGACUUUAUGACUUGUGCAAGGAUGGAAAUACGGAGACUAAGGCAUUCUCAGUGCUGGGUUCUGGAAAGCCUUUGAGGCAAUUUAUUUAUAGCAUAGACUUGGCGAAAUUAAUAGUUUGGGUUCUGCGAGAUUACAAUUCUGUGGAACCAAUUAUAUUAUCAGUGGACGAAGCGCAAGAGAAAACAAUAGCGCAAGUGGCUGAAACUUUAGUGAAAGCUUUCAACUUUAAGGGCAAAGUGGUGUAUGACACGUCAGCGGCGGACGGUCAAUAUAAAAAAACUGCAAGUAACGCAAAAUUGCGAAGGUAUUUACCCGAUUUUCAAUUCACACCUUUUGAACAAGCAAUUAAAGAGACUGUUGAUUGGUAUAUAAAAAAUUAUGACCGUGCGAGGAAUUAAGAUAGGACCAUAAUCUGCUCAGAUAUCGCUUUUAUUUCUAUGAUUAGCAUUUCCGAUUUGUACUUAUGUUUAGAUUCAUAACAUCAUGAUUGUUGAAUCCAACAGGAUUCCAACUGACAGUUAUAAGUCUGAUAAUUUGAUAGCUAUCACCUUAUCGGUGAAAUUAUCAGGUGUAUUAAUAAAUAUGUAAUUUUUAA